AUUUUCAGUAUAGUUGCAGUCUACAGUGAAAUCGUGGCACAUUUGAUGCAUCGGUAUAUAAAUCGGUAUUUUACCCAAGAAUAUGUGCUCUGUUUAGAAGAAAUUCAAAUGUAAAUUGUUCAGUUAAAUAAACGAAGGAAUGGAAAAGCGACGACUGUUUAUUGGUUUCAUAUUGAUUUGUGGAAUUCUCAUUUAUGCAUCAGCCGACGAUGAUCCUGAGGAUCAACCGGAAGGUGAACCAGAAGAACCUGAGCCGACGGUUAUAAAGAUUGGUGCAUUAUUUGAUGUGAAUGUGGAUGAAAACAAACAAAUAUUCGAAUAUGCCAUUGAACAAGUGAAUGAAAAGCUGUUAAAGGAUGAAGAAUUCAAAUUGGAAGGUGAAGUAGCUGAAAUUGUGUACGGAAAUGAGAUCACUAUAUCUCAAGGUCUUUGUGGAUUGUUGGAGAAAGGAGUAGCGGGAAUUUUCGGUCCAGAUGAUGAAUCAUCUGCGGUUCAUGCAGCCAACAUAUGUGAUACUAAAGAAAUCCCGUACAUCGAUAGACGUUGGGAUAUUUUAUCAGCGAUUCCAAUUGUAAACAUGUACCCGGAUCCAGAAUCAAUUGCUCAGAUGGUAACGGAUUUGGUGAUAGCGGCUGAAUGGGGAAGCUUCACCAUUUUGUAUGAAAAUCCCGAGUGGCUACCACGAUUGUCGAAAUUGCUUGAACUCUAUGAUCCGAAGGGAGAUACCAUCACAGUUAAACGGAUUGAUGUUGGACUACCCACCAAAAACUAUCGUUCAGUUCUAAGAGAGGUGAAGCUAUCGAGUGAUGUUUGCAUUGUUGUUGAAUGUUCCAUUGAAAACUUGGGCGAAAUAUUGAAGCAAGCACAACAAAUCGGCCUUAUGGUCGAUAAGUAUCAUUUUAUCAUCACGAAUUUGGAUGCACAUACAAUCGAUCUGGAACCUUUUCAAUACAGUGGGGCAAAUAUAACCAUUCUUCGGAUGAUCGAUACAUCAAGUGCACCUGUGGCGGAAUAUGCGGAGUAUUUAACGAAAAAAGCGAAAGAAGAAGAGGAGAAGCCGACUGAAGAUGGUCAACCGAAGGAAGAGAAUCCCGAUGGUCCACCACCUUAUUAUGGUGGAUGUCGAUCUUGUGAUCCCGACAGUGGUGAUGGUGAUGAAAAAAACGAAGAAGAGUCGAGUGAACUGCCAGAGAACGCAGAAGAAGCUAAAGAAGGAGAAGAAGAAGAAGAAGGAUUCAACGUUGAUUCAGUUCGCUUGCAAACCGCUUUGAUAUACGAUGGGGUUUUUCUUUUGGCCGAAACAUUGAAACAACUUGGAGUUGAACAAAUUCAAACGACAAAUAUCUAUUGCAUGGGCAAUGAAUCAACGUGGGAAAAGGGAAUGAGCGUCUCGAAUUUUAUGCGAAAUACCUUUAUCGAUGGAAUGACAAAAAGUGUGAAAUUCGAUGAGAAUGGCCACCGUUCUGAGAUUGAAAUUCAAAUAUUUGAAUUGAGUUCUCAGGGUAGCACAUUGUUAGGGACAUGGGAUCCAGAAGAUGGCAUAAAACAGAUAUUGAGCAUUAGCCCAAUUCCAGUCGAGGGAGACCCAGCUGCAAUGUCCCUACGGAAUCGAACAUUUAUAGUACUCACAGCAUUGACGGAUCCGUAUGGCAUGUUAAGAGACUCGUCGCUGCAGCUCACUGGAAAUGAUCGAUACGAAGGCUUUGGCAUUGACAUAAUCCAUGAACUUUCUCUGAUGCUUGGCUUUAAAUACGAAUUUCGAUUGCAAGAGGACAAAGACUACGGUUCGAUAAACAAAGUAACGAAGGAAUGGACCGGCAUGAUACGGGCAUUGCGAGAUGGCGAUGCUCACUUGGCCAUAACAGACUUGACGAUUACCUCACAACGCGAAAGCGGUUGUGAUUUCACGAUGCCAUUUAUGAAUUUAGGAAUAUCACUUUUAUACCUAAAACCGACAAAAGAACCGCCGUCAACAUUUUCAUUCAUGUCGCCAUUUUCACAGUCGGUUUGGAUCAGUCUUGGUGCUGCUUAUUUCACUGUAUCGCUAUGUCUUUUUGUUUUGGGCCGGUUAUCACCCUCUGAAUGGGACAAUCCGUAUCCGUGCAUCGAAGAGCCAACACAACUGGAAAAUCAAUUCACAUUCGCUAAUUCCAUGUGGUUUUGUAUCGGAGCAUUACUGCAACAAGGUUCUGAAAUCGCACCAAAAGCACCGGCCACUCGAAUCACAGCUUCAAUAUGGUGGUUUUUUACGCUCAUCAUGGUGAGCUCAUACACUGCCAAUUUGGCCGCCUUUCUUACCAUUGAAACACCGUUUGAGAAAAUCAAGAGCGUUGAAGAUUUGAAAAAUUGUGGAAAUUCCGAUGAAGAAUGCCCGGUUAAAUUUGGAGCGAAGGCGGGUGGUGCUACGUUUAACUUUUUCAGAGACUCUGAUCAUCCAACGUAUCGCAGCAUGUAUCGAUACAUGGAACGGCAUCCAGAAUUACUGAUGGACAAUGCAGCAGGCGUUAAAAUGGCCAGCGAUAAGGAACAGGAUUAUGCGUUUUUAAUGGAGUCUUCAUCGAUUGAAUAUGUCAUCGAGAGAAACUGUGAUGUGACCCAAAUCGGUGGCCUAUUGGAUGAUAAAGGCUAUGGAAUUGCGAUGAAAAAAAAUUCGGAAUAUCGGAAUGCGUUGAGCGAAGGAAUUUUACGGAUGCAGGAAUCCGGCAAGCUGGCGACAUUGAAAAUUAAAUGGUGGAAAGAGAAGAAAGGCGGUGGUGCUUGUUCGAGCAAAUCAGAGGAGGGUGCCGUUCCAUUGGAAUUGGCCAACGUUAUAGGAGUGUUCUAUGUUUUAAGCUGUGGCUCCACAGCGGCAAUGUUCUUUGCAUUUAUUGCUGUCGUUCUUGAAACAUGGCGUAUUUGUAGAGAGAACAAGGUUCCAUUCAAAGAUGAAUUCAUUGCUGAGAUGAAGUUCAUUUUGAAAUUUGAAGGAAACACAAAAGAAGUGCGUCACCGUAAAAGUAUAUCGAUCAAUUCACAGCAUUCGAUCACGUCUUCGUCGAAUGAGUCUGGAAUUGAACACACGGGCUGCUCAGAGAAGUCUGUCCGUGGAAAAUGAAAGGCAACGUAUUGUCAUUAAUUCUAGACACUCAGUAUUUACAAUGAAACAUAUGUCAAGAUGAGACCUAGGUCAUUGCCAGAAUAAAUAGCAAAAAAAUUAUUAAUUACCACUUGAAACCUGUGCCGUCAAUUUUUUUCUUCUAUCGUGCCAAAAUUCUGUGAAGUUAUCUGUCUAAAUGAGAAGACGUAUGUAUCCAAGGGUAAAUCACUCAAAAGUAAUACAACGCUGCUGAAAAAGUAAUACA